AUGGUGCCGAAGAUAUCGGACAAAGGUGCUUUUGUGGCCCCCUCAGCUGCUGUAAUCGGCGAUGUCACGAUCGGAAAGGCUUCUAGUAUUUGGUAUGGUGCGACUGUUCGCGGUGAUGUCAAUACUAUCACAAUCGGUGACUAUACCAACAUUGGCGAUCGCGCCGUCGUACACGUAGCUCGAAUUCAAGGUGAUUUUGCGACAAGCAUUGGAAACAAUGUAACAAUUGGUGCCGGCGCUCUGAUUCACGCGGCGACGCUGAAGGACAAUUGUGUUGUUGGAGAAUCUGCUCAAGUGUUGGACGGCGCAACGGUCGAAUCGAACGUGAUCAUUGCACCUGCGGCUAUUGUCACGCCUGGAACGAUGGUACCAAGCGGCGAGCUAUGGGCCGGAUCCCCAGCGAAAAUGAUUCGUGUUUUGACGGAAGACGAGAUUGCAGCCAUUCCCAAACAAGCCAGCGAAACAGCAGCUUUAGCCUCGAUGCACGCCAUUGAACACUCAAAAAGCUAUGAGCAACCCAGCUUCUAA